GAUCUGAAACCCUAGAAACCCAGAAAGAGCUCAGUGAGUCGUACACCGACAGCUCGAUCCAAUCCAACCCCAAGCAGUUUCCCCCCUGAGCUCGGUCCACUAGAUACGCUCUCAGAAGCCCGACCCGUAACCCUAAAUAACAAAAUAACCAAAAACCCAAAAUCCGAAUCUGAACGCCCACACCUUCCCCAACCCAACCACUGACUCCCGAUCUUUCUAUUUUCUCUCUCUUCGCGAAUCGAUCGAAAGAGAGAAAGUUCCCCGACGAACGAACAAUGUUACACCAACUCGGCUGAAUGGAGCUCAACGAUUCAACCGCGAUUGCGGCCACCGCCGCAACUCUGCGCUCUCCCCUCCCGAUCGAUCUCAAUGAGAUCCCUACUUCGUCCUCCUCUUCUCCGCCGCUGCCGCUCGGUCUCGAGGCGGAGCAAUCCGAGCCCUACGACGACCUCGUCGCGCCAGUCGACCUCGUUCGCUCUUUCCACGACCAUCCCGACCCAGCCCCGGGCCUCGUGGCCGGUCUGCCGCGGGAAGGGGCGUGCGGCACCUGCGGCGGCCCCGAGGCGCAGGGCCACGUCGUCGUCUGCGACGGCUGCGAGCGUGGCUUCCACCUGGCAUGCCUCGAAAUGCGCGGCGGCGGCGGCUUGGACGCAGCUGGCUCGUCCGAGUGGCUGUGCGCUGAGUGCCUCGGCGGCGGGGUGAAGAGCAAGGGGUGGCCGUUGGGGUUUAAGAAUAAUAAGAGGAUGAUUUUGGACAUCAAUGCUUCCCCUCCUAGGGAUGCGGACGGGGAUGGGGAGCCUGCUGAGGACGAAAGGCUUCUCCAUUUGAGGAAGUGCACUCCUGGUGAUAAUUCUUCUGAUGGAAAUGCAUUUGGUGCCCCAGUGACAUAUUCAAAUCUUAUAUAUGCGGGGAAUGGAUUUGGGCUGAGAAAAGGUUCAGGAAGGAUGAUGCAUGCAUUCAGAAUGGGGUUCAGGGAUAUAUUGCAUCACGAUGCAGAUAGAGGUUUAGAGGAAGUAAACUGGGGAUUUCCUAUAGGAAAGUGUAGGAGUGGCGAUAACACAAGUAUCAGAUUGCCAUCUAGGAAUCCAAAUGAGCUUUUUCUUCAGGGUCUUAGAGAAUUUGUUUCUGAAAGGCAUGGUGUGCUGGCGGAAGGUUGGCGUGCAGAAUUGAAACAUUCUACAAGUAGUUAUGAACUGUAUGUGGUUUAUUGUUCUCCAGAUGGGGAAACUUUUGGUACAAUGUCAGAGGUUGCUGUACAUCUUGGAUUGAAUCCUGUUAGUCAUGCAAUGGAUAUUGAUAGAAGUGACGGUUCUUGCUCUCAGCUGCCAGAAAAGCCACAUGCAUAUAAGAGGAGAAAAUACAAGAAAAGUAAGGAAGUUUUGGAAAACGGCUAUCAUAAGCAUUUCCUGUCAAAUAUUGUAAGUGGAGGGAUUUCUGAUGGAAAGUUGGGGAAAGACAGGGAAGUUAAAACUGAUGAUAACGGUACCGGGGGUGCUGAGCCAUCUAGUGAUGGAUUCCCAGUUCAGUUUGAAGAUCUCUUUGUUAUUUCUUUGGGAAAAAUUGAUGCCAGACCAUUGUAUCAUGAUGUAGGACACAUUUGGCCAGUAGGUUAUAGAUCAUGUUGGCAUGAUAAGGUUACUGGAUCAAUGUUUGUACAGGAAGUGGAAGAUGGUGGUGAUUUAGGACCUGUCUUCAGAAUCAAGAGGUUUUCAUGCUCUGUUUAUCGCAUUCCUGAGGUUUCAACUGUUUUGGUUAUUGACGAGUUUGCCGUGCAAAACAAUGAAGAGAGUUGUAGUGAGAUAUGUGAUGGAGAUCCAGAAAAUGGUGAAAGUGUUGAUAUGCUUCUUAUGGAGCAUUCUCCCCCUAGUGAAGAUGACAUUGUGAAUUGUCUCAAAUGUGUAUCAAAUGAAUGUAUUACAAAGACAUCGGAGAGCUUGCAAAAUAGUGCAGUAUCUGGCUUGUGUGGGGUGCUUUCAUCGGAUAAGCUGGACGGAGAUUAUAUUGGCGAGAUCUUGGUGGAAGAGCAGUCACCAUCGUUGGCUUGGAGAAAGUUAGCACAGAAAUUAGUUGAUGCUUAUUCUGAAAUUUUUAAGCGUGAAGGCAAGGUUAGGCUGUCCUGCUGCCAUGCUGAUAUUGUUGCUGGAGAACCAAUCUGGACUCGGAGGGAUGGGAAGUUAGGAACUAAUUUUGCUAUGCUGACCAAAUUCUGCAGUUCCCCUAACUAUCUUGGCAUUCCUUUGGUAUACGAGGGCGAGGUGGGCUUAUUGGCAGCUUCACUGUCAAAAUGGCUUGAUGAGGAUAGAUUUGGAUUGGAUGUAGAUUUUGUCCAAGAGAUGUUAGAAGAGCUUCCUGGUGUUGAAAUUUGUUUCAGAUAUGAGUCUCUGAAUCAUAGAAGGAAACAUACUAGAACCUUAACACUAGAAAAUGGACUCGUAACAGCUAAAAGGAAAUCUGGUGUUCAAUUAGAUGACUUAUUUCGAAGAUCUAAGAAAGCAAGGCUGAUUGAAGACAGUGUUAUGGAUUAUCCUCCAGGAAGGCUGUUGUGCCCCAAGCUUCCUUCUUCCGUCCUUGUUGGUGAUCUUUAUCAGGUGUGGGAGUUGCUGUGUCGUUUCCAUGAUAUUUUGGACUUAAAAGAUCCCCUUACGUUGGGGGAACUUGAAGAGGAAAUUAUCAACCCAUGGUCUGGUUGCUCAAUUGAUGGGUGUACCCUUACCAAGAAUGUUAGUGGAAGUCAUGCCCCCGAUAUUUUAGGACUUGAUAAAAUGGAUAGCCUACUCCAGUCUUCAAGAGUGGAAAAUACGGCAGUCCAUGAAGAUGAUCCGCAUGCUUUUAUACCAGUGGAGGCGGAAAUUGCUACUGAUGCUGCCCAAACUGAACUCGCCUCUGUUAAUCCCUUUGGAUGCAUGGGAGCAUCUUUGACUAGGGCUCAUAGUGCACUCUUAGCUGUUCUGAUAUAUGAGUUACAGUCCAGAGUUGCUGCACUUGUAGAUCCAACUUUAGAUUCUGGGGACGUAAAAUCAAAAAGGGGCAAACGGAGAGACUCAGAUAAUGCAAUUUCUGCCAGAAGAAGUAAGCUUAGUAUGCUUCCUAUCAAUGAAUUGACAUGGCCAGAAUUAUCCCGGAGAUUUGUCUUGGCAGUCUUGUCCAUGGACGGUAACCUUGAAUCUGCUGAGAUUACUGCUCGUGAAAGUGGCAAAGUAUUUCGCUGCUUGCAAGGGGAUGGCGGGGUGCUGUGUGGUGCACUUACUGGGGUUGCAGGCAUGGAAUCAGAUGCACAUUUACUUGCAGAGGCUAGGAAGAAAAUUUACGGAUCCUUAAGUUGUGACAUGGAUGUUAUUACCAUUGAAGGUGAAGUUGCAGAUGCAAGUGGAACUAGUGAAAAGAGUGAUCCAUGUGAUGUGACCAUGCCUGAGUGGGCUCAGGUGCUGGAGCCUGUUCGAAAACUGCCAACCAAUGUUGGUACCAGAAUCAGGAAAUGUGUUUAUGAUGCUCUUGAAAAAUGCCCACCAGAUUGGGCAAAGACAAGAUUGGAACAUUCGAUAAGUAAAGAAGUGUAUAAGGGAAAUGCAUCAGGACCAACAAAGCACCUUCUAAGUAUUACUGGGUUAGUCAUUUAUUUAGGUGAUGGGUCCCUCGCCCAUGCUGGAGUACGAUUCUCUGAUCUACUUUCCAACCACCUGUCAUCAGAAUGUUCUGCUUUUUGCAGUACACAUACAUUGAACUGGACUUUUACUAGCAUGGGUGAUUCAUAUCCUGUUCUCAGUCCACUCAUUGUUCAAGUGCAGAAAGCAGUACUUGCCGUGCUGGCAGAUGUACAGAAUGAGAUAGCAAUGCAGAAUUCUGAAAAAAGAAAUAAGAGGAAGAUGGCUAUCGCGAUAUCCGACGUUAUAAUGAAGCAAUGUCGGAUUGUCUUACGUCGGACUGCUGCCGAUGAUGAUGGAAAAGUUUUCUGUACCUUGCUGGGAAGAAAUCUACUAAAUUCAAAUGAUAAUGAUGACGAAGGACUCCUUGGAUCUCCAGCCAUGGUUUCUCGUCCUCUUGAUUUUCGGACUAUUGAUUUGAGAUUAGCACUUGGAGCUUAUGGGACUUGCCAUGAAUCCUUUCUUGAAGAUGUUCGAGAGUUGUGGGACAAUGUGCAGGCUGUCUUUCAUGAUCAGUCUGACCUGUGUGAGUUGGCUCAGACGCUGUCCUGCAAUUUUGAAUCUUUGUAUGAGAAAGAGGUUGUCAACCUUGUUGAGAAGUUGGAGGCGUAUGCUAAAAUGGAUCACUUAAGUGAAGAAACUAAAAAGGAUUUGGAGGAUGUCCUUGCCUCUGUUAAAGAUAUUCCAAAAGCGCCCUGGGAUGAAGGUGUCUGCAAAGUCUGUGGUGUGGAUAAAGAUGAUGACAGUGUCCUAUUAUGUGAUACUUGUGACGCGGAGUAUCAUACCUAUUGCUUGAGUCCGCCUCUAGCCAGGAUCCCGGAGGGAAACUGGUAUUGCCCAUCUUGUGUCAGUGGUGUUUGUGGCAUUCAGCAGGCAUCACAAACCAGUCAUGUUGCUGGCAGAAGUCUACGCAAGAAGUACCAGGGCGAGGUGACCAGUGCUUACUUGGAGAAACUUGGACGUUUAUCUGUUGUAUUAGGAGGAAAAGAGUAUUGGGAGUUCACUGUGGAUGAGAGGAUCUUCUUGCUCAAGUUCUUGUGUGAUGAGUUGCUUGGCACAGCUCUGAUCCGUCAACAUCUGGAGCAGUGUAUGGAAACAUCAGCAGAGUUACAACAGAAACUCCGAUCAUUUGUGGCUGAAUGGAAAAAUCUGAAGUCCAAGGAAGAAUUCAUGGCUCUAAGAGCUGUGAAAAAGGAUUCUUGUUUCAUUGGUGAAAGAUAUGUGAAGGAAGGUGUAACUUCUGCACUUAUGACUUCAUGUAGUCAUGUGGUACAGCCAGUUAGUUCAAGUGAUCCACCUACACUUUGUAGUCCUUUAUCAAAUGAAGUAUUGACAAUGAAGGGCUGCGGAGAACGAACUGGGAUAAAUGGCUGUAGUGAGAGCUCUAUGGAUUCUCGAAUCUUUCAUGGUGGCAAUGAACAAGCUGUGUGUAGCCAAGGUAAAGAACAGCAAGUGUUGAUGGAUGGUAAGAAUAGAAGCUAUCAAGAGAAUGGUAAUUUUUCUGCACGCGAUCAGUCCCCGUCAGAAAAUCAUUUGGCACAGGUUGGUGAUGCUAUCAUUAAAAGUGAAUCCUCGAAUUCACAUGGACACUUGACCACUGAUAAUAUGAAUGAGCCACAAAACUAUGAUACCGAGCUAAGUUCCCUCAAGAAUGACAUUCUUAUGUUGAAGAACUCCAUUAUGAGCAUAGAAUUGCAGCUGUUUAGGUUGUCUACCCGGAGAGAGUAUUUGGGAAGUGACUCUUUGGGUCGCUUGUACUGGGCUUCAGCUGUGCCAGGAAAGAAUCCGUGUGUUGUUGUAGAUGGAACCUUGACACUGCAGCAAAGAGAAAUAUCAGGUUAUAGAGACCCAGUAAGCAGCAAGUUGGGGACCAUUAACUCUCGCUUACCUUCUGGAAGACUUAAGGACAAUGCUGAGGUGCAUCCCUACUGGAUUGCUUAUGAAUCUGAUUCAGAAAUUAAAGAACUCAUUUGUUGCUUGGAUAAUGAUCUAAAACAGAGAGAACUGAAAGAGUCUCUUCUGCAACUGCUAAAGCUGAGAUCUCUUGAAAAUCGCCAAAUUUGUUAUUCAGUUGAGGCUGAGCACCAACCAGCACCACCAGUGGAUCUAAACAAGGAGAAAGAUUUAUCUAGAGAUUGUGUCACUACAAAAGCUGCUAUGUUUAUGGAGAAGAAAUAUGGCAAGUUCGCUCAGUUAGAGUCUGGUCACGUGUCAAAUAAGUUGUUGGAAAAGAAAAGAAUGACUGAUGGAGAUAAGAUGUACAGGUGCGAGUGUUUGGAGCCAGUUUGGCAGUCUAGACUCCAUUGUUUCACUUGCCACCGAACUUUCAUUGAUGAUGCUGAAUUGAAGGGCCAUGGUGAUGGCACUUGCUGUCAAACUCAGAAAUGUGAAGAGAGUAAUCAUUCUAUUAAGCUCAUGGGCGAGAUGGCUUCAGAGGCAGUUAACAAUAACUGCACGGGCAAAAUUGCUGAAUCUUCUAAAAGCAGAUCUGAUCCCAGAUCUAGGCUGGAUAAAUUUCAAAGUGAAGUGAUACCAUGUCCCUACAACUUUGAAGAUAUCAGCUCUAGAUUUGUUACAAAAGAUUCUCUCAUGGAGUUGGUGCAGAGUAUAGGUCUGCUUAGUUCGAAUGGUGUACCGUCUUUUGUUACGUCUGUUUCUCCUUGUGUCAGUGAUUCCACUGUAUUGUUGAUUUCUGCAAUGAAAGAUGGAGGUGGAGGUGGUAAGUCGAAUCUUGAUAGGAGCCAGGUUGAUCAACCAGUUUCUGAUAAAGUUUCUGGGAAAUCAGUUGCUGAUGAAACAAAUGAGCUUGCAAGGACUAAAAAGUCUUUUCCUGGAGGUCCAGAAAGGCGGGAUCUUAAGUCUCACUUUGAUAGACGGAGUUCUGAAACCAGGCAUUUGAAUCAUUGUAUAAUUCCUUCUUCUGCUCAAAGGCCAUUACUAGACAAAAUUUCUGCACCUAUUAUGAGGCAGCUGAAGAUAAAUUUGCUAGACAUGGAGGCUGCGCUACCUGGAGAAGCCUUGAGGGCUUCAAAGUCAGGAAUAGAAAGAAGUUGGGCCUGGCGUGCCUUUGUUAAAUCGUCCAAUUCAAUUUAUGAGAUGAUCCAAGCGACAGUAGUAUUGGAGGACAUGAUUAAAAGAGAUUACUUACGUAAUGAGUGGUGGUAUUGGUCGUCUCUCUCUGCUGCUGCCAAAACUUCCACCAUUUCUUCCCUGGCUCUGCGGAUAUUUUCCCUUGAUUCUGCCAUUUUUUAUGAGAAAGUUCUGUCCAAUUCGGAUUCUCCAGAGAAGUUGAAGCCCAUCAGUAUAUCUGAAGAGAAAACAGCGCAUCUGGAUUCACCUGACAAAAGCAAGACAGGGAGGAAGUCUAAUAACAAGAAAAGGAAGGAACCAGAAGGUUAAUGGAUGGUUGUCAUUUCUAAAUAAUGAGAACCUAGGUUUAGACUCAACCUUAGGGGACAAUCAGAAUGAAGCACGAGGGAUUUUAUCUGGUGCGUACCUGUUCAUCUCAACGGCUCAACCUCAACGCAUUUUGAUGGAGCUGCUGCCUUGGGUGCUUCAUAUUAGUGUAUAUAAAAAUAUGCUGACACGCUAACUCAAAUGAUGGAUUGACGAGUCAAAAAAAUGCUCUGGUUCAUGCAAAUCAGAGUAGUCUUGUACAAAAAGGAGCAGGACCAGCGCCGUGGUGAUUGCUGCUGCAGAAAAUAAUUUUGGUGCGUGAGAAAAUGAGAUGAGUUUGGUAGAUGGAAGAAAAUCCAUGUAAUGGGGAAAUCAUGUCGAAAAAGAAAUGUCAUUCACUGAGGCCUGGAGUAUGAUACGCUGUAGGGACUGCUACUUAUCUCCCGGAAUCCUCAUCUGGAGGUGCCGACGAACAAUUCUAGAAGUUGCUGGAGCUAGGUUUUCAAACCUCCUCACAACAGGUAAUUUUUCCUCACGUUCCGAAGUUUCUGUGCGUCAGGCAUCCUCCUUCCUUCCCUGCGUCCCCUCUACUUUCCCUUUGAACGAAGUGUGGCUAUUUUGGGGCAAAUACUGGUUAGUGUUUACACUGAGGUUCAGUCUCUUUAAGGUGACUGGUAUGUAGUUGUUUAGCGAGCCAGUUUUGUUAUAGUGAGCUUUUCGGCACUUGGGGUUCCGUUGCUCAUUGUGUAAUCUAUGUAACUCUGGGAUUUGUAGUCUGCCGAUUAUUACCGAAGGAAAGAAUGAGCUGGAAGCUGGGAGACGGAUUUAGUUAGUGACUUAGAGUUUAGGGUUGGACUUCUUCAUGGAAGUCAUGUACUAUACUUGUCUGAUUUGAAUCAAUGUCCAUCUAAUAGCUUCGUCCCAAUCGAAUCUUUGCUACGUGCAUUUGAUUGUGUUUCCUUUCGACUUUGAAACUAGACAUUAUUACAGUAUGAUUCGGUUUCCCCCCUCAAUUUGAAACAAAGAAAUGAAAAUUAGGGUGAAAUUGAGGCUUGUGGUGGUUGAAGUGGCAGUGGUGCCUUGUUAGCUGUGUCAUAAGCAAUUGUUUGCCUCAAAAUCAGCUCAUUUGUUAAACAGUUUUCCCAGCUCCAGAUGUGACCUUUUUUAUUAUCAUAGAAGAU